CGGUCCCGUGGCACGUCUCUCCUCCCCCUCUGACAGGAUCUCCCAGAAUAAGGAGCUGUGUACUGCCAGUGGAAGAGGAGACAUGAUGAGAGUUGUGUCUCUUCUCAACAGUGGAGCUCAUAUGGAGACUGAGGAUGAGUGGUCAUUGACUCCUCUGGGCUCUGCCAGUUUCUAUGGUCAUCUCCAAGUGGUUCGUCUCCUGAUAUCAAGAAGAGCUAAUCCUAACUAUGUCAAUAAGGCUGGACUUACAGCUCUCAUGAACGCUGUGAAUGGGGGAAGGAGCGAGUGUCACAGAGGUUAAUAUCUCUAAAAGCUGAUGUGGAUUUUCAAAGCAAGAAGAAUGGAAAUUCUGCACUGAUAGAAGCUGUCUCACGUAGUCUCACUGAUGUUGUUGUGGAGCUCAUUAGAGCAAGAGCCAACAUAAACCUACAGAACAAUGAUGGGACCACAGCAAUAAUGAUGGCAGCCUCACGUGGUCACAUUGAUUUUGUUGUGGAUUUUGUGCAAGAAGAAGCCAAUUUGGACCUUCAGAAAAAUGAUGGGAAUUCAGCACUGAUGCUAGCAACCAUUGAUGGACACACUGAUAUUGCUGUGGAGCUGGUGAAAGCAGGAGCCAAGUUAGACCUACAGAAUAAGAAUGGGAACUCAGCGCUUAUUAUAGCAACCAGAGGUGGUCACAGUUGCAGAGGUGUUGUUGUGGAGCUGGUGAAAAAAAGAGCAAAUCUAGACCUUCAGAACAAGAAUGGAGACGCAGCAGCCAUCUUAGCUGUAGAAAGAUAUUUUCCAGUUAUUCUAAGGGAACUAGUGAGGGCAGGGAGUGACCUCAACCUCCAGAACAAUGAGGGACUCACUCCACUAAUGAUAGCUGUCAGGAGAGGAAGAAGUGACAUUACUAACAUUCUACUGGAGGGAGAACACAUCAACCUGGACAUUCAAGAGAAGAGCACUGGCUGGUCAGCUCUCCAUUUCUCUGUUGAGAGAGGAGACUCAGCUACCACAGAAGCACUGCUCAAGGCAGGAGCUAAUCCUCGCCUCAAAGACAAG